GGUUAUGAAAGUAGUAAAAGUAAAAUGUAGUUUGUAGAAAAAUCUAAAAUUAGUUUUUAAAAACAUCCCAAAUCUGUUAUCAUUAGCAAUACAAAUGAUAAUGUUUAUAAAUACCAAUUUAUCUCAGAACUUGCUAAUUGAUCAGUUGACACUAUUGACUUGUUUAAUUUGCAAAGUAUCUAAAGCUGUGAAAUGUGGAGUAAAAGUGCAUUAUUCCCCUUUGAAUUUUUAUGGAGUUAAAGGAUACAACGAUCUUAAAUUGACAGGUAAAGUACCUUCAUUUACAGUUGAGUAGAACACACUUGUUUCUAUACUUUAUUGUUUAAUUUCUCCUCGAUUAUUCGCGCUUUGUGCCUCAGUUUUUCAACCCUCUCACAGUCACAGGAACAGCCACCAACCGAGUGCCGAGUAAAUGCACUGAGUGUGUUUAAAUCCAAUCUAUUUUUCAUCCAUUGUUGCUCAGCAUGCUGCCUCUCGCUCUAACAUGAACGUUUCUGUUAUUAUUCAUUUAUAGAGUCCCGAUUCUGUCUUGCACACGAGUCAGUGGAGUGUAAGAAGUGCAGUAAAGGGGAUAAUACAUGAAGAAGCAAGGGAAAGGCCCCCCCCUCUCCUCCCCUGCAGGGGGAAGCGGUGUACAGGUGCACCAUGACUUCCAGAGCGUGGUUUUUAAGAUGCACCCUGCAAACGGACAUGCUUUUGUAGAGAACGGCCCUCACAGCAGGAGGGAUGGAGCAUCGGAGGACGGCAGCUGCAGGAACUCCAGCUGGGUGCUAGAUUCAGGGGCUGACGAUAACUCCACGGACCCCCACGAGGCCCUCACAGAAACCUCCACUCUGACCUUUGUGGACGUGCAUGAAUCCGCAGAGAGCCACAGCCUCCACGGGUUGGGAGGCCUGGUUUACCUGAGGGAGUUUGUGCUGAUAGACGACGACGAUGAUGGAGACAUGUCUCUGAGGGAGAAGACGGUCACUGAUCUGACUGUGAUGGACGGCCGGGCAGCAGAUCUGGUUUGUGGACGACUGCUGUCCACCUCCAGCGGCUCGCUGUCCGAGAGCAAGGAGGAAGCUCCACCUGAUGAAGAACCUCAACAAGACGAAGAGGAGGCUGUAGGGGCAAAGAAACACUGCUGCUUCUGCACGCUUCUAUGACCAAGAAAACUCUCUUUCAUACUGGGUUUUUAUUUGUUGCUGGUGAUGGCAUUAGCACACAGAUUUUAUUCUCGUUUUAUUAUUCUUUAAAAGAAAGCCUUCCUCCUCUUCCCCCUCAUGCGGGGCCCUAGUUCUAAGAUUUAGUUUUUUUUAAAAGUUGUUAAUCAGAUGUUCUGGCACUGAUUUAACAGAGCAAUAACCAGACAUAAACACAUUCUGCCAUAGGAAACCUUUUACUUGGUGUGUC